GGUCAGCGGGAGGGAGGUAAAGGAAGGCGUGGCUGGGCUGUCUGCGGUGUUAUAAGGCGGCGGUGGUGAUGGCUUGGCACCAUUCGAGCUCUCGCCGCAGUCACUACCGCCCUCGCCACUUCCACAACCAUGAAGUGCUUCGUGCUUGCUCUGCUCGGCCUGGUCGCCCUGGUCGCCGCACGCCCCGACAGCGUGUUUGACCUGGACCUGGACGACAUCCACCAGGACAUGGACAUCUCCGACGGCGCCACCAUCACCGGCACCUACCGCUGGAGGUCCCCCGAGGGUGACGAGUACUUUGUGCGCUACAUCGCCGACGAGGACGGCUAUCGCGUGCUGGAGUCCAACGCCGUGCCCGUCACCGCCGACGGCACGCCUGCCAACGGCGCCCAGGGAUCCUUCUCCUCCGAGGAGGACGACGACAGCCGAUUUGAUUAACUUCCUCAACGACCAGGCCGACCACCACGCUCGACGACCUCUCCAAUCACACGGCACGCAGGAACCAGACUGUCUCUACGCGCCGCCGCCGCGCCUGUUCCUGCAGUUUUCCUCUUUCCUGAGGCAUGACGCGCGUCCCGCGGCUCAGCGUCCUGAGCCUCGCCGAGCGAUAGACCGGGGUACCACAUCCUCCCGCUAUUGUUUUUUCUUCCUCUUACUGUCUUCUUCAGUAUUUAUAGGAAAUAUACUUUCCGAAAACCAA